AUGUGUACCGCAAAUACUUCAGAACGAGCUUUUUAUAGGUUGCGGAUACUGUUAGCCCAGCGCCGUAAAAAUGCAUGGAACGUUUUGCGCAUCUGGGGGUCAAGACGCAUCUUGCGCAGUCGGGAGGUCCGUCUCUUAACAAAAGCGUAUGCGGCUGACGCGUUGGAAUGUGCAUGUGGAGAAGUCUCUUUCUGUAGUGUUAGUGGAGUUCCUUGUUCAGCAUCGCUGGUUGCCGUGACGGACGUGUCCGUGGAAGUGUUGCAGCACGGCAAACGCGAGUGCAUCUUGAAAAUAUCCGCCGGCAGACGCGUCGACGUUCUGGAGAAGUGCACGUCCAUCAUUCCAGACUUCCGCAGUCACAAUUACUUGACUUCUUCUCUGAUGCGGUAUUGCCUACGCAGCGGAUACACAACUUCGCUGUCUGUGCGAGUCGCAUCAUCGAUGUGCCGCUAA